UGUAUGGCCGUGUGCCUCCAAUGUAUAGUAUUUCAACGUUAAUGACCUAAAAAUAUUCACAACUACCUACUAUUCUUUGAAUACGCGACCACGCGCGUGUUACAUGUUCACCUCAAGAUCGAUUGGCCUUGUCCGUGCUAUAUGGUGAGACAUUGGGGCCCGCUUCCUAGCACAUGAAUCGCGAUCUUUGAGAUCGUGCAUGCGUACAUUUCCGUCGUGGUAUAGCAAGGCGACAAUUCCGACGACUCCAAGUCCGCAAGGAUAACAAGUUCAUCCAAUAUGGUGUCACGGCACGGAAGCGUGGUCGACCAUGGCGCCGAUGCCGACCUCGCGAAGAUGGGCUACAAGAGCGAUCUACCGCGCAGUUUGAGCAUGCUGUCGGUGUUGGGCCUGUCGUUCGCCAUCAUGGCAGUGCCCUUUGGUUUGUCCACGACUCUCGCAAUCACUUUGGUCGACGGUGAAGCCGUCACCAUUCUCUGGGGAUGGGUCCUGGUGUCUCUGAUCUCGCUGAGUAUCGCUGCAUCUCUGGCGGAGAUUUGUGCGGUGUAUCCCACAGCGGGCGGGGUCUAUUACUGGAGUGCAAUGAUGUCGACCAAAGAAUGGGCUCCCAUCUCAUCCUGGGUGACUGGUUGGUUAAAUCUCGUCGGCAACUGGACGGUUACUCUAUCAAUUAUCUUCAGCGGAGGCCAGCUCAUUCUCAGCGCCAUCACACUCUGGCAGGAAGACUUUCUGCCGACCGCCUGGCAGACAGUGCUGACCUUCUGGGCCGUUCUGCUCGUGUGUUUCCUCGUCAAUGUCUUUGGCGCCAAGUACCUCGACCUGAUCAACAAGAUUUGUAUUUACUGGACAGCGGCCAGUGUCCUGAUUAUUUUGGUAACGCUCCUGAGCUUGGCCAACACGAAACGCAGUGGCGCGUACGUCUUCAGUUACUACGAUGCUAGCCGAUCAGGGUGGCCAGACGCUUGGGCGUUCUUUGUGGGCUUGCUACAAGCUGCUUAUACACUGACAGGAUACGGUCUUGUGGCUUCGAUGUGUGAAGAGGUACAAAAUCCCGCUCGAGAGGUUCCUAAGGCAAUAUUCCUUUCUGUGGCCGCAGCAGGAAUUACAGGACUUGUUUAUCUAAUCCCACUGCUGUUCGUGAUGCCCGAAGUUCAAAUGCUAGUGGACGUCAAGAGCGGCCAGCCUAUCGCCCUCCUAUUCAAAACCGUUACGGGAUCAGCAGCGGGCGGAUUCGGACUUCUUUUUCUGAUCCUUGGCAUCUUAUUCUUCGCCGGUACUGGUGCGCUGACUGCAUCGUCCCGCACGACAUACGCCUUCGCCCGUGAUGGCGCAAUCCCCGGCAAGAAGUGGUUCGGAGCGACGAAUGAGAAACUCGGCAUUCCGCUUUGGGGCCUGGUCUUAUCCGCAGUAGUCGAUGCCCUGCUUGGCCUCAUCUACUUUGGAUCAACAGCAGCUUUCAACAGUUUCACGGGUGUAGCGACGAUUUGCCUGUCAUGCGGAUAUGGCUUGCCAAUCUUAGUCUCGGUACUACGCGGUCGCAAGAUGGUCAAACACUCGACUUUCUCCCUGGGCCGAUACGGCUAUGUGAUCAACAUUAUUUGUUUGGUUUGGAUCUGCCUUGCCAUUGUGCUCUUCUGCAUGCCUGUGAGCUUACCAGUGACGGCAUCUACAAUGAAUUAUGCAUCUGUCGUAUUCAUGGGCUUCGCCACGAUCAGCGUUGCGUGGUAUUUCAUCUCGGGCCGGAAGAAUUUCACAGGUCCGCCCGUCAGGCAGGACGCUGAUCCCACCAUUGAAGGGAAAGACGUAAGCUCAGCGGGCGAUGGAGAGAUGGGCAUCACGAGUCAGAUCUCCAAAUCUUCGGGAUCACCAAAAGUAAUCACAUAGCCGAUUAUAUACAAAGCUAGUUUUUGUUAUCCGAAG